AUGUCCAAAUAUCCGGACGGGGACGGCGACCUGCCGCCUCCAUCCUACAAUGAAGCAACGACUUCAUACGUAUCCACCCCCUCAUUUCAUCCCGCUUCAUCCGUCUCUGCGACCCUCGACAGCCUGUCAUCUCUCCUGCGGGUAACGCAAUCUCAGCAGGCGGUCCGGGAUACCUUCACAACCACAAACCUCCUCCCGCUCUUGACACCACACGUCACAUCCCUCUUGACCCGCCUGGGAACAACACCGCACCCGCCGGCACUGACGGAGCUCUACCUCGUGCCCGCCGCCGCAGUCGGGCCGGAGUGGAGCAUCGCCUCGGGCGCCGACAGGAGGGCGGGGGAAGUCGCCCACGUCACCCGCGUGAGGCCGGAAACGGACCCGGACUCGAAAGGUGGCCGAAGCGAUAGUAAACGCGCCGCUUGGUCUGCCAGCACAGAGGUCGCGAGCUCGUCGUCGCGCGACUACAAGUUCGACGAGUGGGGCCGCUGGGAUGACGACACAGUCGCGGCCUCGACGUCCAGGGAGGGGCGCUGGUGGUGGGACGACGAGGCUUUGGCGCGCCGUCUCGCAAAGCGAUUACAGCCCGAGCCCAAGCUCGACCGCGUCGUCGUCAGCGCCGUGGUGGAACAGGCGAGAGAGGAGAAGAAGGCGGCUAGGUGGGGGAUGUUCAGGUCCGCCACCCAGUCGCCCUCGCCGUCCUCGUCUGCCUCGCCGCUGCCUCGACAGCCCAACAAACAAGAAGAAGACGUCGUCAUGAAGGUGCGCGCAGAAGAAGUCACCUUUCGCAGGGAAAACGAGAUGGGGAUAUGGGAGAGCAUGCGCGGGUACGGCAUCGUCGUGAGAGUGAGGAUUCGAGAGACCUGA